AUGCCUUUGGUGGAUUUUGAUGUAAGAACUGUCCCGGACAUUAUUGAAGCCCAAUUGACCCUUAGUUAUAGUCGUCUUUCUGAUAUUAUUCGUGUUAUCAUUGAUCAGGGUAAUGGACACGAAGAUGACAUCGAUGAUAUGCGAAAGAGCAUAGACACGCUUACACAGAAAUGCGCGCGUUUGCAAGAGGAGGUGGAUGAGCUUAGAUCCAAGACAUCCAAUAAGGAAGAGAUGCUAGACAGUAUCGAGGAGCUACGAAAGAUUACCACGGGCCUCUCAACGAAUCUGGAGGAUCUGACGAAAAAACAAGCCGAAGAUGUGUCUGAGCGUCGCGAGGUUGAAACUAAAUUUCAGUCCACAAUGGACACCACCACCACAACCCUGCGGGAGUUGGAGGCGCAAGUGGAGCACAACGCGACCCUGUUAAAGACCCUGGAGCAGUCGUUAGCCGGUGUGCAGUCAUUCGCGGAUCUCUGGAAUGGGGAUCUGGAGCGGAUCACUCUUUUGACCCGGCGCGACGAAAAAGACCCUUCUCAAUUCGAGCACAGUGUCGAUGAACGCACCGAGUACGUGCUCAGUUUGCCGAUCUUUGAAAAGCUUCGCGAUGAGCUGGAUGUAUUACGUUUAAUGAUCAACACGCAGGCGACGAAUUCCAUAAAGCUGAAAGCCGAUCGUAGCGCUUCCGACACUCGUGGGGUUAUAGCGGAGGUUCAGGAUACGCUGGAAGGCUUAAAUAGGCGUCUGAGUACCCUGGAGGAUGCCAAGUCUGAGCUUAGUACAGCAGGAAGAACUAGUCUAGGCAACCAGAACGAAGUCUUACCUGGUAAAUUAUUUGAGCAGGACACCAGGGGGGUAAGCAGCAGCGAUGCCACUGUUAACAUAAUUGUGGAGGAACUCGCAAAUCGUGUAUCCCAAUUAGAAACAGCGGCGAGUCUCUCUAGAACUUCUCCCUUCGAGCGAAAUAUCGCUGCAUAUCAGAACAGUCCUGUUCCACAGUCCAAUGCAUCUAGUAUGGGACCAGGAUCCUCAAUCAGCGUUCAUUCGGGUAAUAUUCCGAACAAAAAAGACCUACAGGCAAUGGAACGAAGAUCUUUGACGGCCAGCCCGGGUUUAGGGGCUUCUAACAAUGAUCUGAUGCACCGUGUUGAGGGCCUUGAGUUGGCGGCGGGCUUACUCGAAACCAACAAAGCCGAACGACAGGAGCUUUAUGCAUUGGAGGAUGCCAUAAAUCAAAUGUUUCAAAGAGAAGGCCAUGUGAUUUCUCUGCGACCAAGUUCAGCUAAAUUGCCUGCCAUUUUUCAUAAUGGGUCAUCUCGUGUGGGAGCAACCCCUCUCACCGAUACUCAGGGAGUGACUUAUGAAGGGACGCUGCAGCCAUUACCGCGAGCAUCAAAUUAUGGCAGGCCACUAUUCGUGAGCAAUUCUUCAAUUAAUUUACGAGACGGAGUUCAGAAGACAAACGCGACCAUCACACCAGUUCAACGGCAGUAA